CCGGAGGCGCUCCGCCUUGUGCGCGCAAGCAUGACCCGCGAUGUUACUGCAUGAGGCAGCAUGACCUCCGAUGACCCGGCUCUUCACUGGUGACUGAAUCAGUGAAGGCUUCAGUCCACAGCCUUCGUGGUCUUCGUGUCGUGGCCGCAAUGUUCAGGCUGCAGCUAAUCCGACCUCGCGCCUUCGGUCUCGUCGCGCGGUUCCACACUGGCUGCAUCCUACAACGCAAAGCACUCAAGGAGUUCAAGCUUGCCGACAUCGGUGAAGGGAUCACUGAAUGUGAGGUCAUUCGAUGGAGUGUAAAGCCUGCGAGCCCUAUACAGGCCUUCGACCCGCUGUGCGAGGUGCAGAGUGACAAGGCUACUGUCGAGAUUACUAGCCCUUUUGAGGGCGUAGUGAAGGAUAUUCUCGUCCGAGAGGGCGAGGUCGCAAAGGUCGGCGCUGGACUCUGCACGAUCGAAGUCGAAGAGGAGGGCGACAGCCCCGCUGACUCCCCCGAAGAGCCUCCUGUGCCCACACACACGUCGCCUGCACCGGAAGUGAGUGCGACACCCGAGCCGCAACCUGAGAAGUCGCCGAGGGCACAUAAGAGCAACCUUCAUCCUCUGGAUCCCCGUGCGAGUACAAAUCCCGACUAUUCUCCCGGGCUCGCUGCCGAUGUUCUCGCAACGCCUUCCGUGCGUCAUUACGCACGACAAAAAGGCGUAGAUCUCGCUUUGCUUGUCCCCGGGAGUGGCAAGAGUGGCCGCGUAGAGAAGCAGGACGUCGAUGAUUACCUAUCCCCCCCGGCAGCAAGCGCGUCGAGGUCUCAUCAGCAGGAGACUCGUACGUCCGAAGACGAGAUGACUGUCGAGCUAGGUAGGACUAGGCUCAACAUGUGGAAGGCUAUGACAAAGAGUCUGGAGAUCCCUCAGUUUAGCUUCUCGACGACGCUCGACAUCACUGAGUUGAAUCACAUUCUACCCGUCCUGAACUCGCACAUCCCGAUACAUUAUCGACCGUCCGAGACCGCGUCAUCUAUGCAUUCGCCCGUCAUUUCGCCUGCGUCAUUCCUUCUACCUCCUGCUGCUCAGACGGUACCCGACUCCGCGCGUUACGCUCGUCUAACGUACUUGCCCAUCCUGUUGAAGACUCUCUCGAAGGCCAUGCACGAAUGGCCUCUCUUCCGCUCGUCAUUGACGGCAUCUCCCUCUGCGUCCGACAAGCCAACGCUCACUGUUCGCCCGCAUGUGGACAUCAGUGUUGCACUCUCCACCCCGACGGGCUUGUAUACCCCGACACUGCAGGCGAUCGACAGAGCCACCGUCUACGACAUUGCUUCGCGACUGAAGCAUCUCGCUCAUCUCGGCCGCCAAGUUCCCUGCGCUCUGACUCCCGCGGAGAUGCCGAAACGCGGGGGGACCAUAACCGUGUCCAAUAUUGGUGGAAUUGGAGACGUCGAUUCAGCAUCACCGGUCCUCGUGCCGGGUGGAGGCGUGGCCAUUAUGGCGGUCGGUCGCGCAAAAUGGGUCUGGGAUGUGGACCGCUUCGAGGGCGGCGCGCGGCGGUUGAAGAUGGGCAUCAGUUGGAGUGCUGAUCAUAGGGUUGUUGAGGGAGCAGAGUUAGUCGCUUUCGUGGAGGCUUGGAGAAGUUGGGUAGAAACUCCAGCCAGGUUGAUAGGGAAUGCUGUAUAAUAUGGUAGGAUGCAUGUGCGAUAUAUAGCUGAUUCCAUAUUGAUAGGUGGGCAGCCCUAAGGCUCCAACUCUAUAAUGUACUAGCAAACACCCAUGCACUGCACGGGAUGCGGUUCACGGUUCAUUGGGAAAAGCCCCAUUUUAGGAUGUGCCAAAUUGUUGAAGUAGUAUACAGAAUGUCUAGUAAUAAUCACCAUUCACCUGUUCCAUAUAUUCCGAGAAAUUCACUACCCCCUUGUGGGCCUGUGGGGCAAUGGAAC